GGUCAGAUGGUUGGCCAGGGUGGGCGGUGUGUUUUCAGCUUAUUACCCCUCACAUUGAUGAUCUCCUUCACGCAAUGUGAGAAUGUUGUACACGCGUAGGACAACCACCCAAUUGCUGUACACACAAAUAACUGUGUGCCUACCUCCCUACCAGUCUGUCUCGCAGCAGCCACCGCAAUCUCUCGAGAUCGCCACCUACGUAAAUCAUGUCAGCAUCGUAGCGAGAAACCCCCUCGACGAAGGAUUCUCAAAGGAUCGGAAUUCGGUAAGGAUCAAGGGUCGUUCCGACCGACAUUGUAAGAUGGUCAGACCCCCGAGACGGCCACGCUGCCCACGCACCAACCACCCCCCCAUCGGCCCUCCGAGCUCCAAGUCCAAUGCCCCAUUGAGCGUUCACUGCGGAGUCGCGAAAGCGCUCGUAGCGAUGGCUGGCCUUACGAUGCAGACUGCUCCGAGACGGAAGUCAGAUGGCGUGUGUGGGACAUGUGAAAUGCAUGGGGAUCCUUCCAAUUUCAGGCUCGAAUUGAAUGAUUUCACUUUUGACUUUUGGAAAUCAUCUUUUGAUUGCCAACCCGUUAUUGUUUUGAGCAGCUGACCCCAUUUUCCCCAACGAGUAUUACGAGCGACAUCAAAUUUUAACCAUGUCGAAGCUUCCAUCAAUUGAAGGUGGGUAUUGUUUCCUACCCUUGCACUAGGGAAAUCAUGAAAAGUUCAAGAUGCUGAAUGCGACGAUUGCGCAGACAUCCUAGGCUGCCAGGCCGCCCUUUUCGAAUG